AUGUCCUUCUUCAAGGCGAUCAUCGCCAUUCUGGGCAUUUCAUCGAUGGUUCAGUGCUUCCCACCCAGCUCGGAGUACUGCACCGUCCCGAACGUGAACUUCACGACGACUAUCUUCUUCCACACGUACGCUCCAGACUUGCUCGAGAUGCUCUUCUUCUCCAAUCAGGGAGGGGAGGCGGGCGUUUACGUGACUGGUACCAUUCCUUGGACAGUUGAUGCUAAUACUACCACACUAUUCAUCAAUACCACUAAUGCAAACUUGACUUCCUUCGCUGACUUUAUGGACUUCAAUGUGACCGAAUGGGGUAGGAUUCCCUACAACGACACCAUAAAUGCCUUCACACUGUCCGUGAAUGGGACUCCUACUGAAGCAUAUUCUGGCAGGUGUCCGAAGGCUCGCUAG